GCUGAGAGCAACGUGUCUGUGUCUGAGAGGACUAAAUGGGUGACAACAUAGGCAAAGUCUUAGACAGAGAAGGCUUUAAGUACAACUUCACAGCUUCAGCAAGUGGCACAUCUGCACAAGAUGGGGUGAUUAAGGAGCAAGAUCGGUUGCUUCCAAUAGCUAAUGUGGGGCGCAUCAUGAAGCAAAUCCUUCCUCCCAACGCCAAGAUCUCAAAGGAAGCUAAAGAAACCAUGCAAGAAAGUGUGUCCGAGUUCAUUAGCUUUGUCACUGGGGAAGCUUCUGACAAGUGUCACAAGGAGAAGCGCAAGACCGUGAAUGGUGACGAUAUUUGCUGGGCCCUUGCUACUUUAGGGUUUGAUGACUACUCUGAGCCACUUAAAAGGUACUUGUAUAAGUAUAGGGAGAUGGAGGGGGAGAGAGCAAAUCAAAAUAAGGGUAGCAAUGGUUAUGAAAACAACAUUGCAAACAUAUAAAUUAAUUAGGGAAUUAAGCUGAACUUCAAUUCUUCUUAUUUCCAUGUUCAAUGUGAUUGUUGAUAGGUCAAAUUUCUAGUUGUUGUUGAUCUGAUCUUCUAGUUUUCGAUCUCCUGACAUAUAUUCAAGGUGCUUGUUUCCUUAUGAUGUAUAUGACGUGAGUCAUGUAUGCAUAUAUACUCGUGUUUUAGACCUGAUCUUUUCAUCAGAGUUGAAAUUACACUAGAUGAUCACAUGGUAUCUUGAGAAUCAUGUGAGUUAUAUAUAUAACUAAUAUCUUUGUAUUUGUCUGUCCAAUAAUAAGCUUUAAUUAUUUCCAGAA